CCCCGAAUUUCGACUACUGUAUUGAGAGAAAAAGCGAGAGAUGCCAUACCUUGGGACCGUCUCGGAACAAACUCACCUAGAAAUCUCACAGUAGACAGACUAGACCAUGAAGAAAUCCGUCAUGAGCACCAGGCAUUAGGAGAAAGGGCCACUCCAAACUUCAGUUCUCGUGAUUUCGAGGCGGUACUCGCUAAAAUAGCGGCUGUCGCCAUGCGCGAAGGCGAGAAGACCGAGGCAACGGGCUUGCUGACCGGCGCACAGCAGAAGCACAUACCGGAUCACAUCCUACUAGUAACGCGGCAGACGGAGAAAACCGAUGCCUUUUCGGCGUUCCUUCGGCAACUUCUGAGGUACUCUUCCUGGACGCGUCGCGAGGCGACGAAUGCUUCAGAGUCUGGGGCCGCGGCGGCUCGACAUCAUUCUGCGAACAUUUCGGAGCCGGCGACGCGCCAUCACUCCCCCCGGGCCGGGGCAACGGAUAAUGGAGGUCGGACCUUUCCUGCGACUCUCGUGGCGUCGCCGCGGUGGCUGUGGAUGGCAGCUUGCGUCGCGGUCGUUGUGUGCUGGCUCUUCGUUACCAGUGGUCCGGCCGCCAGCAGUCAGCUUCAAGACCCCUCUCUUCUCACAUGGUCGCCCUUUGCAGCGGAACGGCCAGGUUGCAUCCUGACCCUAGACUCGCGCUACAACCCCAAAGGCGUGCGGGCAGUAGAAGAGGCUGUCGCGCAACUUAUGAAGGAUCUAGGAAUAGAGAACAAAGAGGAAGGGGGAAGGGGAGGGGAAUGGGCGCGGGGAGGAUGGGUGAAAGGAGUGCAUAUGGGAAGGAAAUUGAGGGCAGUUGAGGAGGUUGUAGCGCAGCUGAUGAGGAACUUGGGAGUGGGAGGGGAAGAGCGAGGGGAAUGGAAAGGGACUGGACAAGGAAAAGGAGGAGAGGAAGGGUGGGUGAAGGGAUUGAAAACAGAGAGACAGACAAGGAAAGUGGGGUCAAUGGAGGGUGGUGGGAGUGAGGGGGAGGGAAGGGGAAGGGGUGACGGGGCAGGGGAAGAAGAAGACUUGUGGUUUGGAAAAGUGAAGAUCGAUGGAUAUGCUGCUGACUUGAGUGAAGAGAAAGCCAGUGAAAAGAAGGGGGGAAGUGAUGCCGAGGAGAGGGGGCGCGCACUCUUUUCUCAAGAGGAGGAGAUGCCGGAGCUGUGGAGGCGGUUCUAUGAGAGUCUGCCGAAGAUGCUGGAUAGGAAUGGCAAGGAGUACAUGAACAAGAUGCCCAUCUGGCUCACGCUGGCCGUCAACAUGCUGUAUGCACGACGACAUGGGUACCGGCUGGUGGUGGAAAACGGGUCGAAGUACAUUCCUGACAGACACCCAGCAUGGUUCAAGGUGCCUUUUAUAGCGGAGCAGCUAUCAUGCUGCUGCAAGUGGGCCUUCUUUCUCGACUCGGAUGCAUACAUGCGCAUGAAACACCACCAGCUCUCCAUCGAAGCCUGGAUUCAAGCCAUCAAGCAGCCGAACUACUUCAACUGGCUUACAGACGCCAACCUGACAAAGUCACUCAAGGGCCAAGUGUGGGUCCCACAGGACCCUGCUCUCCUGCUGCAGCCGGCAAUCGUGCUACAGCCAAACGGACCAAUCGCUCUCAUUCCUAGGAAUGGGGACUCCAGCGGGGGGUAUUAUGGGCGCGCAGACACGCUGUUUGAAGAAGGGUGCGAUUUCGUUAAUACAGGCGUCAUGCUGUGGCGGUUGUCUCCUAUGAGCUUUAAGUUCUUCAGACAGUGGUACGACUUGGGAGCUGACAUGUUCCACCGAUAUUACCCUCCAUGGGAGCAGCCAUACCUCAACUGGGUGGCCCAGGAGGAGGCGUGGAAGAAGAAGCUGAUUGUGGUGCCGUACCGUGAGCUCACAGGCCCCAGUGGCAUGAUGGUGCGCCAUGUGUGGGGUGAUAUGCACUACAAAAGCCGCGAUAAAAUGGUGUUUGACGCACUCGAGAUGUUGGGCAAGCACUAAAAUAGGGAUUCCCAAGGUUCCCUCAUGUAUGGUCGGGCAUGCAUGCAACUAAGCAGGUUAAACAUACCAAUUUGAGAUGCGUAGUACUUUUAUUCUGAAGGCGUGUCCAAAACAUAAUUUGAAGAGGCUAAGUAUAUACA